UCCCGCCUCCCCCGCCGCCCGCCGGCAAGUUUGGCGGCUCGUGUCCUCCCGGCCCGCGCGCCCCGGUUGGCGCGGACCCGCGGAGCGAUGCCGGGGGACGUGCUCCUAGUCGUGUGGUUCUGCGUGUGCGCCGCCCGGACAGUGGUGGGCUUUGGGACGGACCCUGACCUGCAGAUGGAUAUUAUCACUGAGCUCGACCUCGUGAACAUCUCCCUUGGAGUCACUCAAGUGUCUGGACUGCACAAUGCCAGCAAAGCAUACGUGUUUCAAGAUACAGCAAGAGAGAUCCAUGCAGCCCCUCAUGUGAGUGAGAAAUUAAUCCAACUGUUCCGGAAUAAGAGUGACUUCACCUUUUUGGCCACGGUACAGCAAAAGCCAUCGACUUCAGGAGUGAUACUCUCCAUUCGAGAGCUGGAGCACAGCUAUUUUGAACUGGAGAGCAGUGGUCUGAGGGAUGAGAUCCGAUACCACUAUAUGCAUAAUGGGAAGCCUAGGACCGAGGCCCUUCCGUACCGGCUGGCAGAUGGACAGUGGCAUAAGGUCGCGCUGUCUGUCAGUGCCUCUCAUCUCCUGCUCCACAUCGACUGCAACAGAAUUUAUGAACGCGUAAUAGACCCUCCUGAAACCAACCUUCCCCCAGGAAGCAACUUAUGGCUUGGUCAACGCAACCAAAAACAUGGCUUUUUCAAAGGAAUCAUCCAAGAUGGGAAAAUCAUCUUUAUGCCAAAUGGAUACAUAACUCAAUGUCCAAACCUGAAUCGCACUUGUCCAACUUGCAGUGAUUUCUUAAGCCUGGUGCAAGGAAUAAUGGAUUUGCAAGAGCUUUUGGCCAAGAUGACUGCAAAAUUAAAUUAUGCAGAGACGAGACUUAGUCAGUUGGAAAACUGUCAUUGCGAGAAGACCUGUCAAGUGAGUGGACUUCUCUAUAGAGAUCAAGACUCCUGGGUUGAUGGGGAUCACUGCCGGAACUGCACUUGCAAAGGUGGUGCUGUCGAAUGUCGGAGGAUGUCCUGUCCCCCUCUCAAUUGCUCCCCAGACUCCCUCCCCGUGCACAUUGCUGGCCAGUGUUGUAAGGUCUGCCGACCAAAAUGUAUCUAUGGAGGCAGAGUCCUUGCAGAAGGACAGAAGAUUUUAACUAAGAGCUGCCGGGAAUGCAGAGGUGGAGUUUUAGUAAAAAUUACAGAUGCAUGCCCUCCUUUGAACUGCUCGGAAAAGGAUCACAUUCUCCCGGAGAAUCAGUGCUGCAGUGUCUGUAGAGGUCACAACUUUUGUGCAGAAGGACCUAAAUGUGGUGAAAACUCGGAGUGUAAAAACUGGAACACAAAAGCUACUUGUGAGUGCAAGAAUGGUUACAUAUCUGUCCAGGGAGACUCUGCCUACUGUGAAGAUAUUGAUGAAUGUGCAGCUAAGAUGCAUUACUGUCAUGCCAAUACUGUGUGUGUCAACCUGCCUGGGUUAUAUCGCUGUGACUGUGUCCCAGGGUACAUUCGUGUGGAUGACUUCUCUUGUACAGAGCAUGAUGAGUGUGGCAGCGGGCAACACAAUUGUGAUGAGAAUGCCAUCUGCACCAACACCGUCCGGGGACACAGCUGCACCUGCAAACCAGGCUACGUGGGGAAUGGAACCAUCUGCAGAGCAUUCUGUCAAGAGGGCUGCAGGUAUGGUGGAAGCUGUGUGUCUCCUAACAAGUGCGUCUGUCCCUCUGGAUUCACAGGAAGCCACUGUGAGAAAGAUAUUGAUGAAUGCACAGAGGGAAUCAUUGAGUGCCACAACCAUUCCCGCUGCGUUAACCUGCCAGGGUGGUACCACUGUGAGUGCAGAAGCGGUUUCCAUGACGAUGGGACCUAUUCACUGUCCGGGGAGUCCUGUAUUGACAUUGAUGAAUGUGCCUUAAGAACGCAUACCUGCUGGAAUGAUUCUGCUUGCAUCAACCUGGCAGGGGGCUUUGACUGCCUCUGUCCCUCGGGGCCCUCCUGCUCUGGUGACUGCCCCCAUGAGGGAGGACUGAAGCGCAAUGGACAGGUGUGGACCCUGAAAGAAGACAGGUGUUCUGUGUGCUCCUGCAAGGAUGGAAAGAUACUCUGCCGACGGACAGCUUGUGAUUGCCAGAACCCAAGCGUUGACCUUUUCUGUUGCCCAGAGUGUGACACCAGGGUCACAAGUCAAUGUUUAGAUCAAAAUGGACACAAGCUCUAUCGAAGCGGAGACAAUUGGACUCAUAGCUGCCAGCAGUGCCGGUGUCUGGAAGGAGAGGUAGACUGCUGGCCCCUCACUUGCCCCAAUUUGAGCUGUGAGUACACAGCCAUCUUGGAAGGGGAGUGUUGUCCCCGCUGCGUGAGUGACCCCUGCCUAGCUGAUAACAUCGCCUACGACAUCAGAAAAACCUGCCUGGACAGCUAUGGCAUUUCAAGGCUUAGCGGCUCAGUGUGGACAAUGGCUGGAUCUCCCUGCACAACCUGCAAAUGCAAGAAUGGAAGCGUCUGCUGUUCUGUGGAUUUGGAGUGUCUUCAUAAUAACUGAAGUACUUAAAAUAGACUCAUCGUUGCGGGAGAAAAAUGGACGAAAUGACCAUCCAGCAUGGUGAAGAACAGGAGUUGGUGUUUCUUUUGUUUUUGUUUUUGUUUUUUACCACAAUUACCAAAGUCCCGUCUGAGGAAGGUGUGUGGGGGUUACCUCUUGGACCUAUCACUUUGUUCAUUCUUGCUAACCUAGUCUAGGUGACCUACAGUGCACUGCAUUUAAGUCUAUGGUUGUUAAAAGAAGUUUCUCGUGUUGUAAAUCAUGUUUCCCUUAUCAAAUCAUUUGCGAAUACAUUUAAAUGAUCUCAUGGUAAACGUUGAUGUAUUUUUUGUUUUAUUUUGUGUACUAACAUGAUAGCGAAUCCGCUCUUUUAAUUUAUUUUUUUUCUUGAGUUUUGGAUCAAAUUCUACAAAUAAAGUUGCCUGUUGUGAUUUUGUCCCAUCCACUGUAUACUUAGUAUUCAGAUCCUUGUGAAAUGUUUUGAUGAAUAUAUGUAUGUUGAGUCUUGCUGCAUCAUACUUGCAUUUCAAACUGUUGAACACACUUAGAACCUCACUCAUUCAGCUUAAGGUAAAAGAAAUUAUGAUAUAUUGAAGAGAGGAAAGACCACGAAGAUUAUUAUAUAAUUAUUUUUAGAAUAGCUUUCUCCUCCCUUUUGCACACAAAAGCUUAUGCUGAGUGAAGUAAGUCAAUCGGAGAAGGACAAACAGUGUAUGUUCUCAUUCAUUUGGGGAAUAUAAGGGAAGGGAGAAGAAAUGUGUAAGUCACAAUUUAGAAGCAGCAGUGCUUACCACCUUUCCAGGCAUUGAAAGAGAAAGAAUCUUUGCAUUUGUUUUAUAUGGUAAUUGAUAACUUCCAAGGGACUUGCAUACCGACUAACACAAGUUAACCUCCUAGCACAGGUGAAUGGUAUUCUUCCUACAUUACAGAAGAGUAAAUUAAUGUGUUCUAGGCAACCAAUUUGUUCAGAUCUAGUUGAUUUUAUGGAGUGUUGGGACUGGUAACCAGGUCUCCUGAUGCCUCCCCAGUGCAUUUUCCUCUAGACCACACAACCGCUCAGAUGGUUAGAGGAUGCCCUCCUAGGAAAAGUUAUUUCUAUGCUCAUUAAUGACUUUAGAAUAGUGAAAGUUUUCAUUUGAGACACUACCAUAUUUUCAAAAGUUAGCAGUUAUUGAGUGAUACAAAACAAAAUGUGUAAAUAACAUUUUAUCUGAGCUGAGAAUUCAAACUUAGGUUGUAGUUUCAGGUAAGUCACAUCUUAGUAGUUUGUAAUACCUAAGGCUCUUUUUUUUAAUUAUUUUUAUUUAUUUAUGAUAGUCACACAGAGAGAGAGAGAGAGAGAGGCAGAGACACAGGCAGAGGGAGAGCAGGCUCCAUGCACCGGGAGCCCGACGCGGGACCCAAUCCCGGGCCCCCAGGAUCGGGCCCUGGGCCAAAGGCAGGCGCCAAACCGCUGUGCCACCCAGGGAUCCCCUACCUAAGGCUCUUGAAUUCAUUAUUCUGAAUCGAGUAUGGUUCAUGAAAUUUUGUUCACUUUCCCAGCACUGAAAAAGAUGUCAAGUCAGUUGUGCUAAAAAUAAUAUUUUAAAUCCCCCAAAUUAAUUAAAAAUUAUAAGCUCAGAUUGCCGUUACUCAUUGGUAUUUGCCAGAGAUUAUAUUCAAUAUUAUCAGAUAUUGUUGUGAAGACAAACUUUACCACAUGAAAUUAACUUCAUGUGCUGAAUAUGUCAAUAGUAGUUUAAAUACUAGAUUUGACAGCUACUGCUAAGUGUGGUAAAUUAGAAUAUAUCUCUACUUUAUUUCAACUCCUUAAAUGUGAUCUUGGGAUGGAGAAUUUGAAAAUUAUUCUUUUGAAAAAAAUCUUUAUGACCCAGCAUUAAAAAUAUCUUUAAAUUUUCAUCGGAAAGAAAGAGACAUUUACAAGAAUCAUUCGUAGCCAUGUUGGUCAGUGUUGGCAAACUCUGAUCCCUGGGACAAAUCUGGCCCAUUGUCUAUUUUACUGGAACACAUUGAUUAAUAUGUCCUCUAAUACCAAAGAGACAAAGUGGUAGAACUGAGUAGUUCCAGCAGAAACCAUGUGGCUCACAAAACCAAAAAUAUUACCAUCUUGCCCUCUACAGAAAAAGUUCACCAAUUUCUUAUAUAGAAGACAACUGAACACUGGUGUGUAUUUUAGAAUGUUUCCAUUUUUUCCAACUGAAUUUUCAAACUUUAAUCAUUUUCUUUGAAUUUGUAUAUGUUCAUUCUAUAUUGCAAGGCCAUUAGCAGUGAUGGCUCAUCCUGAAAUCCUGGUUUUUUACAACUACAAUCAUAAAAAUCAGUAUCUUCUUCUUUUCAUUUUAGAUCUGAUAGGUAAAUAUAAUCUGUGCUAACUUGACGAUAAAAUGUUAUUGAUAUUUAGCAGCACAAUUUACACUACUGCCAGCUCCAAUAGAAAAGGCAUUUUCUUCUAUUUUAUAUGGUAAUUGAUAACAUUUUCUUAUUUAAAAAUGGAGUGCUUUAUACAUAAGAUACUCUGCUAAGCUCUACUGGGGAAAUAAAGAUGAACAACGUUGUCUUUAAAGAUCACCAUUAUGUGAGCCUUUAGGAGGUGUUGAGAAUCUUCAAAUCCAUUAGGAGAUUCAACUGAAAUAACGGUCAGAAAUAACUUCCUGAUCUAGAAAUUGAAAAACUUGUUAUACUUUUUUUUAAAUGUGCUAAUCUUUUGAUGGAAUUUACUUAAGUCUCAUGCCAUGAUUUGCAGUGUAAAAUGGAUGUCCAUUGAAUGAAACAAAGCAGUCCUUAAAGACCAUAACCAUUGCCUGUACCACCACAGGUGUAAGGAAGCUACACACAGUCUGCUAGGAAACAAUGAGGAAUUCAUAAGCAAUUAUGUACUUACCUUCCAACUACCUGUAGUAUAAGAACAUUGUGAUUCAGAAAAGUAGAAUAUGAGUGGAGAUGAGAGUUCUAUGUAUGAACUAGACACAUCUGUUAAACACAAACUUUACCUCAUUCUUUCCUUCUAGGUUGCAUAUGAAAUAUAUAUGUGCAUAUGUACUAUAUGUAAUGUUUUAUAUGUAAGUAGAAGAUCAAUAUAUAAUUAUUAUGUGUAACCUAUAAUGCAUAUAUGUUAAUAUAUAUUCAUAUGUUGUAUGUAUAUAUAUAUACUUGUAUAUACAUACACAUAUAUACAUAUACAUACAUACAUAUCCCCAGAACUUCCCCUCUUCUGAGCUUUAUAGUUCUGUGCUUAUGUCACUGUCGUGGACUUUUAGUAGACAUUGUAUGUGUUUACAAUAGAUUAUAGAUGAGGCUAUGCACAAUUUUCAUCUUCUAGCACACAAAAGAGUGUCUUGCCUAGAGUGUGUCUUCAAUUUUAAAAAUUGAAUUAAUAAUCUUUUAGAUAUCAAAGAGUUAUCACUUAUAGUGGAAACAGUCCACCCUAAUGGCAUCCAAAUGUUCUUAAGCAGUAAGACUUUUCGGAAAAAUCAAAAUAUAUUCAGUGCUCCAAUAUAACAAUUUUGUAAAAGCAGUUUCUCUGAUUGGAGCAGACAUUGAGAACCCCUUCACAUGUGCUACACCAUAGCUCACAACUUCAACAGAACACAGCUUGAAAGUCAUUGACCUAAUCUCUCAUAUUUACUUCCACAAAUGAAACCAACACUCAGAGAGGAAGCAGUGACUUGCCCAGAGUUCCUAAUUAGUGACAGACCUAGAACAACCACCCAGUACACACUGGUUUUCCCACAUUUCCCAUCAUCCAGCUAAUGAUUCCAAAUGUUUUCCCAUACAUCAAUUUCAAGUGAGCUUAAAAAAAAAAAAAUUUCAAGUGAGCUUUUCUUACUCUUUCUAAAUGGAUGACAUUGAGACACAAUCCUGGAUGAGCUUCAGUAUCUGUCAUUGUCUCUGUGUUCCAUUUCCCUCCUGAUUAUGGUAGUGCUUUAUGAAAUUCUGAUACUAGGAACUGAGAAAUACUCAGAUUAAAAGCUUCAGCAUAUCUAAAUCCACAAUAGCAACAAACCAUAUACCCAAUCACCCAAUCUCAUGCUCUAUAGCAAAAUUUAAAAAUACAGUGAUUCAUAUUCUUGAGGUUAAGAACACAUACAUGCACCCCUCAGAAUGAAAUCUGGCACUGAAAGGCAAUCUUGCAUGUAGUCUGGUUUCUGAUAUCAUUAUUCACGCAUUUAUUUUUUCAUUAAUUCAGUGACUGUGGCAGUCUGCAAAUACAAAAGUUAAUAGAUAAAAUUGGUCUCUAUCUUCAUAGGAUUUGUGGACUCAUGUAGAAAAGACUGACAAUAAACCAGAAAAUCUAUAAGUGAGCAACGUGACCACAGACUACAUCAGAACCAGGAAGAAGAAAGGAGAGGAACUGCAGAAGCCCACUUUAGUGAGGUGAUCUAGGAAGAACUCUCUAAGGGAGUGAUAGGCCAGCUGAGAUCUGGAGAAUAUGAAGGAGCCAUACAUGCAAAGUGUUGGGGGAAUAACUCCAGAAAUAAGUGCAAAGGACUGCAAGGUGGAAAGAGGCUUGGUGUGUUGAAGGUUGUGAGUAGAACCAGAGGCCAGGAAGUGAAGAAGAAAAUGAUACGAGGUUGGGCAGGUAGGCUGUAGCCGGAUGUUACAGGCCACAUUCACAUGAAGGCUAGAGUCACAUUUUCAUUUUGAGAUCCAUGGGAAAUUAUCAAAGAAUUAUUUGUUAUUCACCUUCUUAUCCACUCACAUAUUUAUACAAGUUUUUUUCAGCUAUCCACCUAUAUUUAAUUACCAUUCAAGAAACAUGAAACUCCUGUUGUAUACCUAGUUAAAGACAUGACAACAUUAUCUUUUCCCUUAGAAGUUUACGAUCUAGACUGUGAUAAUGCAAUCUAGGGCAUGCAUGACGUGUUCAGAAAUAAAUUCAAGGAACACUUAUAAAUAAAUAAUUAGAUCUUUAA